CUCGGAUGCUGUCCAGUUCUUAAUCGCGUUCUGAAUUAAACAGUCGCAGAGACGUCCGAGCCAUAGGUUGCGCGUGCUUGGUUAUUUUAUUAAUUCAAAUCGAUCAAUGACGAUUAGCGAAACUAUAUACUGCGUGUAGUGUGCGUUGUUCUGAUUCUGAUUAAUUUAUGAAUAGGCGCAAAAUGUUUUCGAGCUCGAGUCGUACUAUGACGGCGACGUUGUGGGGAGUAGUCCUAAUUUACAUAUCAGUAAUAUCAGAGUUCAGAGUUCAGCCAUGUGAGGCGCGGACCGUCGCAGAUUCACAGGAAAAGCCCGAAUCCAUAGAAAAUACAGUCAAAGAUUCGUCAGCGGAAUUUCUGAGAACCUAUUCCGACCGCAUGAAGUCGUACAUGAAUGUCAGCGUGGCGCCGUGCGACGACUUCUAUGAGUACGCCUGUGGCAAUUGGCAGCACGUGAAGCAGGACAGGCAGUCAUCCCAUAAGCGGAGCAACCUCCUGGAUAUCGGGUACACAUUGGGCGAUGUGGUCGAGCUGCUGCUCACCAAGAACUCGCUGGCUAUGGAUCUAAAUUACACCGCCGAGCUGCUGAUUGCACAACGAUUCUAUAAUGCCUGCCUCGGUGCGGAUCUGUACCCGCUGCCAGCGGCCGACCCCGCUUAUCUGGCGCUUAUCAGGUCGAUAGGUGGUUUCCCAGCCGUCGACGGUGAGGCGUGGAAUGCCGCCAAUUUCAGCUGGUUCAACAUGAGCGCCCAGUUGACGAACUUCGGCAUCAAUGGACUAAUCCAUGAGAAGAUCCUGCCCCAGUAUCCAUUUGUGCCGUACUUCAAGGUGCCGGAACUGGGCUUCGACUAUAUCGUCCACAGCGACAACAUCGCCAGCAACGAUACGAGAGGCUACAAGUUGAACGAGAAGCGAAUGCGUGGCUACCUCGAGGCUUACGGCCUGUCGGAGGAGAAGGUUUCGCAGGUGAUUGCGGAAGUGUUUGCCUUCUGGCAUGAUGCGCUCGUGGUUAUCGAUCGUUUCGGUGAUGAUCUCAAAGAAUGCGAAGACCAUGCGGAAUUGAACGAUAUUCCCUCGUUUUCUGAAUGGAGCAGCUACUAUGCGAUUGCCUGGAACAGCACCAACUUUCCCAAGGAGAAUAUCGAAACAUUCUGCGACUUCUACUAUGUGGAACUGGAUAAGGUUUGCGCCAAGCACAAGCCGGCCGUUGCUAACUAUUUGGCCAUGCUCCUGCUGUACCGCAUGGACGCUAAACUGAAGUCGGCCAAGUACCAGAAGGAGCACUGCCUGCAGGUAGUGCAGUACUCACUGCCAUAUCUAUUUGAUAGGCUUUAUCGCGUGGAAUACUUCUCCGAGGAGACAAGUGCAGAAAUCUCGGGCAUUAUAAAGGAGCUGCGCAAGAGCUUCCGAUUGAUGCUAGAAAAUUCCGAGUGGCUGGACAAGGAAACUCGAACAGAAGCACUGCUGAAGGAGAUCAGCAUCGAGCCGCGCAUUGGUAGCUUUAGGGACGACGAGCUCACCGAACGGCUCGUCCGAGCGGUCAAUAACCUGACUAUUGUCGAGGACAGCUUUGCUCAGACGAACAUUAACCUGAAACGCUUUAUCACGUACUUAAGACGGUUCAAUGGCCACCAUUUUAGUGAGCUAUCAAAUGACACGAAACCCCUCGAGCUACUGUGGAGCAUGCAGGUCAAUGCGUUUUACUAUAACCUAGACAAUACCAUUUACGUGAUGGCGGGCAUACUUCAUCCGCCAGCCUUUCAUCAGUUGUGGCCGAACUCCCUAAAGUACGGCACAAUUGGUUAUCUGGUGGGGCAUGAGCUCACGCAUGGCUUCGACACAGUCGGCUCCAUGUACGAUGGCAGCGGCGCCCAGCGCAACUGGUGGUCGAAAAAGUCCAAUGCGGUGUUCAACGAGCGGGCCGAAUGCUAUGCGGAACAUUACAGCAAUUACCUGAUACCAGAGAUCAAUCGCAAGAUCAAUGGCAACCAGACCAAGGACGAGAACAUUGCUGAUAGUGGUGGUCUGCACGAGGCCCUUGCUGCGUAUCGCAGCUACAUGAAGCAGCAGCACCAGCACCUGCAGCAGCAGGACAACGAGACGCAUCUGGAUAAGAAUGCAGAGCAGAUGCCUGGCCUCGAUCUAUCCCCAGAGCAGCUGUUUUUCCUGGGCUUUGCGCAGCUGUGGUGUAAUGCAUACGAGGAGGAGCACUACUGGGAGGAGCUGUCAAACGAGCACACAAUUGACAAGUUUCGGGUUCUUGGUGCCGUCACCAACAACGAGGACUUUGCCAAGGUCUACAACUGUCCCGUUGGUAGUCCCAUGAAUCCUCACGCAGAAAGAUGUCGUGUUUGGUAGCGCAGCUGAUUGCGAAUCGAUUCAGUAGACCGCUGAUAAGCACACAUACUUAUUAACAAAUAAUUAGUUCAAUAAACGCUUGUCGCAUACUUUUUUUCCCAGAA